UAACAACGAUUUCUUAUUUAAAAACCUGCUUCUACUUCCGAUUAAUACUUCUUUUCAUCAUUGUUGGUGAAUCAACGAUAUAUUUUCAGCUCGAAACAAUAACCAUGAUAUUAAGUCCUCCGUUAGUUAUCAACGCACCGGUAAUACUCUUAGUUGGAAAAACGGGCGCCGGUAAAAGCACAUUAGGAAAUUUAAUGUUAAGAACGUCUGAAAAUGAAAAUCCUACCUUUUUUGUUUCCGAUAGCUUUUUAUCUGCCACCAAAAACUCUUGUUCCGCGAAUUAUAAAAUUAAUGAAGAAACAUACAACAUUGUCGACACUCCAGGGGUUUUUGAUACUGAAGAUCUCGACACAGUUAUCUUGGAAGAAAUCGCUCGCACUAUCCAAAAGUGUGCCUAUGGAGUCAAGGCCAUAUUAUUCGUGGUUGAAGCAAAACGGUUCACGAAUGAACAAAAGGAAAUGAUCAACAGAAUAUUGUUAUUUCUUGGAAAAGAGGCCUCCCGAUACAUGAUUUCUGUUUUCUCGCAUUGUAACGCUAAACAGACUAAGGAUCUCGAAUAUUUUAAAAGAUAUUGCUGGAAUGAUCCAGUUAAGGCUUUCGUCAAUUCCGUUGGUAAUCGGUGGGCCAUUUCUCCUAAUCCAGACAUUUUCCCGCCCGAUGAUCCAGUGCAUGAAGAAUGUCUCAAAGAAUUGCAAGAACGCAUCACCUCUAUAGAUGGAGUGUAUACAAAUGACCUUUUCGAGAAGACUCGGAGAGAGCAAGAAGAAAAUGAAAGAAAAGCAAGAGAAGCAGAAGAGAAGCGGCAAAGAGAAUACGAUGAACUUAGAAGAAGAGAAGGAGAAGCUAUUGCAAGAGCGAACUACGAGAGGCAGAGGGUAGAAGAUGAGAGAAGAGCAAAUGAAGCUCGGAAUAGAGAACUUCAGGAUAUCAAAAACACACUACGUGAACAAAUAUCAAGACUAGACGAAAGAAUGACUGAACUUUCCAAAGCCAACGAAUAUCUUACCAACAGAAAUAAUCAACUUUCCGACGAAAUAAAUGAACUCAAAAACAAAAGUUGUUUCUGGCCUGAAACACAAAUUAAGCUCGAAUCAGGAAGGAUCAUUCAAAUGUCAGAACUUCAAAUAGGGGACCGAGUGUUGUCAAACAUAAGGAAUGGUGUUGCAGAAUUCUCAGAUGUUUACCUUAUCGCUCAUAUUGGUAAACUCGAUCAUAAAGCAAAGUUUGCCAAAGUGAACUUUACCAAACCGGAUGGAUCUAAAGGUCAAUUACUGUUAACGACCACUCACUACGUCUUUGACGAAAAUUUAUCAAUUAUAUUUGCUAAAAAUCUUCGUCCCGGAGAAACAAGAAUUUUGGUAUCAGAUGAUGGCAAUAGGCUAGUUCCAGUAUUUGUGGAUAAUAUAACAAAUGAAUGGCGUGACAAAUAUAUUAGCUUUUACACACGAGCUGGAUCAGUAAUUGCCAAUGGCGUGCUUAGUUCCUGUUACGAUCAUUGUCCACCGUCUCAAAUGCUUAUGGAUCUAGUUUUUUUACCAGUUCGUUGGUGGACUCGUAUAAUUCCAAGUACACAUCGUGAAGAACGACUUCACCCAUAUGUUCAGUUCUUAGAAACAGCGUAUCUUUCAUUUAUUAACGCUAUGAAAAAGAGUAAACGACUUACUAAUAACUAAAUUCAGAUUUUAGCAGGCGCCAAAAUUGCAAUACAUAUAAAUUGAUAAUUAUUUCAGUAAAUUAGUAGCGUGUAUACACCAAUUAAAUAAAGAUCUAAUUGUCAAUGGUUUUUUU